AUGGGCGCGACAGGAGACUACAGCUGCUUGCUACUGACGAGACAGUCUCAGGAGAGGGAAGAUGUGAUCAAUCAGUUCCUGAGGGCAUGGAAGAAGCCCGGAGAGCCUCGAGUGCAGCGAGUGUAUCAAGUCGUUCCUUCCCCCCACGUGAAGGAGAGGUUCGAUAGGUACGCGCUGUCAGUCGGGAAUGUGCGGAGAAGGUUUCACGGGACGAGCAUUGAGUGCGACUUCGGCAUAGACCUUGGGGCUCCUCCAUGUGAGUCGAAGACAUGCCGAGUUUGUAACAUCCUGUCAUCGGGUUUCUCGAAGAGAUUUGCUGGGAAUGGACCGAACAUCUCUCUCAGGAGGCUGAGAUACGGCAACGGGAUAUAUUUCUCAGCGACAUCGGGCAAGAGCAACGACUAUGCGGAGGGGUCGGAGAGGGAGAGAAGAGGACACGCGUGGAGGUGUAUGCUCGUUGCCAGCGUCGCAGCAGGAAAAGUUUUCAAGACCAUUGAAGCAGAGAUCCUUGACGAGCGACUGCUCCCCCCUCGCGGAUAUGAUUCCGUGGUGGGUGAGGUUGGCCCGAACCUUAACUAUGACGAGCUGGUCGUGUACAAUGACGCGGCUGCUCUUCCCGAGUUUCUCAUCGUUUAUAUUUUGAAGGCUUGA